UAGGUGUUAUUAGUAUUUUUUUCAGUGUUAAUUUACUUUCUUUCCCUUUCUUUAUUUUCAGUGUAAAUGUUACAUGUGCCUGUUGUAAAUAGAAAACAACAAACACAAGACGGAUGAUACAAUGUCGGCGCAGAACCCCGAUGACAACGAUGUUGCUGCUCCUGUGCUUCACGGCGCAGAAGAGUCACUUGCCAAAAACAAAUGGACUUUCAAUGCUGACAGAGCACGAAUUAGGUGUUCAGUCAACAAGUCUAGCCCUGCCACAGGCACACAGCAUGGGGAUGAGCUUACUGAAGCACUGGACCUUACCCAGCCCCCGCAGCGAAAGGAUCACCUAGGCAGCCUCAAACAUGGAAUGCUUGACAGCAAAGGAUCAAAACAUUUUGAAGAUCAACAAAAUGGCCUUGAUGAAGUUACAGACAGCCCCUUGCAUACAACGCUCACUAUCAAACAAGAAAAUAAUCUGGAAGGCUGGGGUGAAAAACAAAAUGACCGCUAUGGAGUUCCAGACAGCCCCUUGCAUACAACGCUCAACAUCAAACAAGAGAAAGAUCUGGAAGGUUGGGUUGAAGAACAAAAUGACGUUGAUGAAGUUCCAGACAGCCCCUUGCAUACAACGCUCUACAUCAAACAAGAGACUAAUCUGGAAGGCUGGGGUGAAGAACAAAAUGACAUCAAUGAAGUCCCAGACAGCCCCCUGCAUACAACGCUCAACAUCAAACAAGAGACUAAUCUGGAAGGCUGGGGGGAAGAGAUUCAUCGAAAGCACCCACCACUUCAAGAAGAGAUUCCCCACCGCCCUCUCCACAAGACACUAACAACAAACAGACGUAAGCAGCAUGUCCAAAGGGACAAGUUUGGUCAGGUGCAGUAUCAUAGAAACGAUCCUCUAGUUCAAGGGGAGGUUCCCAGCUGUCCUCCGCACAGGUCAGCCAAAGCCAAAGGGCACCGUCAAGAUAAAGAUAAAGACCUUGAGGGAGAUCUAAAUCACCACCUGCAAAGGGACACUGUUGACAGUCCCCUGCUGAAGAUACCCAAGGUCAGAACCAAAGCAACACAUUUUCAGGGCCAAAGCUCUGGAGUGGCCAGAGAUCAGAUCUUGCAAUCUAGCUACACACACAGAAAAUUGAGAAUUCCAAGACUUGACAAAAUUGUGAACAAGUUGCGAACUGUGAACGAAUCCAAGGAAGCAUCAAGUUUAGUACCUGAUAAAGACUCCUUCCUUCUUGGCGCUGAUGUGAAUGUUAGUGCAGAGGCGUCCUCCAGCAGUAGAGCGACAAAGGGGAUGCUAUCUGGUGGCUCUACAGAUGCAGACAACUUUCUUAAUCCUGCCCCACAUGGGCACCGGAGCCAACCAAGCGGCUUCCAUAGCAAAGAGAGGGUCGGAGCAUCUAUAUCAAGCAAAAAGAAACACUGUUCUAGAAAAAUGCCUCUCGUAAAGAGGACUGAAAAAUCUGUUGAAAAUGAUCUAUUGAAGAAGAGAUGUUUGGUGGUGGAGAACCUGGUGGUGGGGGAAGCCUUUGUCGCUUCUGCUUCUGCUGGUGGUGAUCUUGUCCUUGAGAGGGCGUUGCCUCCUGGGCAGCAGUGUGCCUUGUGUAAGGAAUAUGUUUCUCAUGCAAGUCUCAACAGCCAUCGAUGUAAGGUGGGUGUCUCAGGGACAAAGCAGCCUCUUCUCGAUGGAGAGUCCUCAGGUAAAUCUCAUAACCAGGAAUCCUACCAGUGCAAGGUGUGUCAGAGACCACUAACUGAGGACAAUGGCGAUGGUACGAAGCGACUCGUAUGUAGGGAAUGUGCAGGACGAAUGGACCAAGGCGAGAGUGUCAAUGUCUCAGGGGAUGUAGUCCGGGCCAUUCACCAAUGUGAUCGAUGUGAGCAAUCCUUCAGCAGUCGCUCAGGUCUUAGCCUACACUUACUGAGUCACGUCGAAGUCAAGAUGCACGAGUGUGACGAGUGCGACAAGACUUUCAAAACACAAGGCAAGCUGAGGGUACAUAAACGCAUACAUGCUGGGCAGCCUCCACACCAGUGUCACAUCUGCGACCGGACCUUCGGUAAAGGCAACACCCUCGUUUGCCAUAUGAGGACACACAGUGGGGAAAAACCUUUCCAAUGCGACCUUUGCGAUAAAUCCUUCACACAGAACAGCGCGCUCACGGUUCAUAAACGUAUCCAUUCGGGCGAGCAGCCCUUUAGUUGCGAGCUCUGUGGCAAAAACUUCCGGGAUAAGAGCAACCUUCGUAGGCACGUUCGCACCCAUAGCGGAGACCAACCGUUUGAAUGCACCGUGUGUGGCAAGCGCUUCAGCACCAAGGACCACAUGAACACGCAUUUUCGCAUUCACACCGGGGACAGGCCAUACCAUUGCAGCAUGUGCGACAAGGCAUUCACACAGAGUAGCACACUUGUUGGUCAUAUGAGGACACACACGGGAGAGCUCCAGCUCAGGUGCGAUGUAUGUGGCAAGAAAUUUAAGGACAGGAACAGCUAUUCUACCCACAUGAAACUACAUGCUGAAGACAGCAAUUGCUACUUGCCUCACCUACCAUCCCAGAAUAGCUUCCUGAGUGAGCUGCUAAAGGGAUUACUCAACCAAGUACCACGUAUUAAAAUGAUGGAGGGCUCAAGAGAUGGAUGUGGCCAUGUGUGUAAUGAGAAUGUUUCAAUGUCAUUCAGCCAUAAUAUUGAAGAAUUGAUUGGAGGGGAAGGAGACCCAACAGGCGAGACAUCUACUGAACAGAGGGGUGAUUCCAGUAUGGACUGUGAACCACUGGAUGGAGAGGGAUGGGUCGGUGACAUCACAAUGCCUUCUGGUGAGGAGAUCCCAUCACCUGAAAUAUCACAUGGUCUGUCACAUGACCCAGAAGGUGAAAGGCUUUCCCUUUUAUCACAAAACCUGUAUGCUGAAGUUGGAAAUGGACAUAGUCAUGUUGGUGCCACAGACACUGUACCCGUCGAAAGUCACCAACACGGCACUCAUACUUAUGAGGGAGGAAGUCAUGCCGAAGAGCUACACGUAUCACCUGAUAUGUCACAUGACCAGUCAUAUGUUAGAGGUACUGGUGAAGGAAGGGAAUCACUUACAUGUAUGUCCAAUGUUCAGCCUGGACUCUUGAAACAAAACACAAAUGAGGCUAGUGACACUGCUCAUGCAGAGGAAUCAGAAGUAAGUGGACUUCAUUUGCAAGAUGGAGGAAUACAUGCUACUGACACGGGGGAGGCCACAUCAUCGAUGGGAAGUGACUACAUUGGAAAGAAAUGUUUGCUUGUUCAGAAUCUUGUAGAUGGAGAGGGUCGGCAAGAUGAGAACAAUAAAAAUACUGUUCUUGUGGUAGAACAGGAAGAGACUACGAAACAAGGUGAUGAAGAUGUGCCCCCUACGGACACAGUCCUACGAUACACCCCCUGCAAAAAGAAACUUAAGAAGAAGAAAAAGAAAUUGAACAAAUCUCUGUCACAUUACAAAAAGUACCACACUGGAGAGAAGGUCUUUGGUUGUGAUGUCUGCGGGAAGAUGUUCAGCAACCGAAGCAACCUGACCGUGCAUAAGCGCAUCCACACAGGAUACCAGCCAUUCUCCUGCGCUGUUUGUGAGAAAGCUUUCAGGAAAAAUAGCGACCUUACCCGACACAUGCGCAUACAUACUGGAGAGAAGCCGUAUUCAUGUGACCUUUGUGACAAGAAGUUUCGGUCUCGCAAUGCUCUUAAUUAUCACAGUCGGAGCCAUACAGGAGAGUUGCCAUAUCCUUGUGGCAUUUGCAAGAGGCGGUUCAGAGACAAGAGUAGGUUGACUCGUCAUUUGAGAAUUCACAGGCAGAAAAGAACUAAGGUUCCCAGUCAGGUGGCACAGUUUGUUGACCAAGGAGAAGAACAAGUGCUAUGCUGUGAUAUUUGUGAUGUAACUUUCGUUGACCAGAAAAGUCUUUUGAGUCACUUUGCUACCCAUGACGGCCAUCAGGUUUUUCGUUGCGAGAAGUGCAACAAGUCCUUUACCACAGAGGUGUCAUAUUCUCUGCAUGUUAUGUCUCAUGCAUCAGAACACUUGUAUCGCUGUGAGGUAUGUGAUGAACUCUUCAGAGACGAGUCCAACCUCAUCAUUCAUGCCACAACUCACGCAGAGGAUAACGUAGAGAUGCAUCCUUGUGAUGAGUGUGGUGACAAUUUCAGAGACAUCAGAACCUUGAACAGGCACAAAGAUUCCCAGCACAAUGUAGAGCAGUUCCACCAAUGUGGUAUAUGUGAGAAGACUUUUACACAGCAAAGUCAGCUGAUUUUCCACCUGAAGACUCAUCGAAGUGGACGCAACAGGUGCAUGGUCUGUGAUAGAGUGUUCACAAGGAGUGCUAGUCUGGUUCGUCAUAUGAAGAUGCAUGGUGCUACAGGCGACCUGAUGUCUGACAAGAAACACAGGGUAGAUGAUAAUAAGGGUCACAUUGACGGUGAAACAUACCACUGUGAUAUUUGUGAUAAAUCAUUCAGCAGUGAGGCACUUCUCGCAAGCCAUAUCGACAACCACAAGAGGCAGGAGCCUGUACAUCGUUGCGGGAUGUGUGAGCAGACGUUUCCCAGCAGCGCGAUUCUCAGACAGCACAUGGAAACCUUUCACGCUGUGGACAAGUCACAUAAAUGCGGGGUUUGUGAUAAGACUUUUGCACAAGAAAGCCAGUUGACCUUCCACCUCCGGUCUCACAUGCCUGGCCAACGUUUCCAGUGCCAUUUCUGUGAAAGGUCCUUCGCCACGACAAGUAGCCUUACGCGUCACCUCAAGAAACAUCCCCAAGCAAAAGGACUCCAGCUGAGGAACAGUAAAGAACAGAAAGGGAGAACCAAAGCAACUCGUCCAGUAAAUCAUGUGUAUCGUUGCAAUGUGUGCCAUAAGUCCUACUUGGAGGAAAACAUUUUCCUGAAGCAUGUAAGAACUCACAAAAAUGAAACACCAGAGAAGCAUCAACCUGGUGAGAAUGUAGGUUCAAUAACUCAAAGCAAGCCAAUCAAGGAUCACUUGUACCAGUGUGGUAUGUGUGAUAAGACAUUGUCCAAUGAGAGUCAGCUGAAGCUCCAUUUGAGGUCCCACCUAAGAGAAAGGUUUCAGUGUGCCCUCUGCGAUCGGUCCUUCACUACAAACAGCAGCUUGACAAGGCACAUGAAAGUCCAUCCUGAUGUACCACGAGAGGACCCCUCUAGGAAAGUGAAUCUUGUAGAUGCAGCGUCAAAAUUAAAAAAGAACGGGCGAAGGUAUAAAUGCGAUGUUUGCAACGAUGCUUUUGUGACUGAAGCACUUUUGGUGAAGCAUGUGGAGACACAUCAAGAUGGAGAUCUUUCCCAAGGCAUUGUAGAAGGCGCAUCCAAAGAGAUUAGCAGGCAUGAUCCCAUCGAUACAGAAGACAAGUUUCAUCAGUGUGGGAUUUGCGACAAGACAUUUACCAAAGAGAGCCACUUGACAGUUCACUUUAGAGCACAUGGUCAAGGACAUCGGUUCCAUUGCUCUCUCUGUGAUAAAUCCUUCUCCCGCAACACAAGUCUAAGACGCCAUAUGAAAAAGCAUGUUGCUGCACUUGCCAAAAGACGGAACAAAAGAUCUCAUCAUAGAAAGGCUUUUGUUGGACAAUCUCUUGAAAGCAUCCACCAGUGCAAGAAAUGUGACAAAAUCUUCAGUGAUCGAAAGGCGCUGAAGAUUCACCUCCAAAGCCACUCGGAGAUUCUGCCUUACAAAUGUGGCAUCUGCGAGAAGACUUUCUACCAGAGUACCCAAAUAGCCCAGCACAUGCUGACCCACUCACGGUACCAGCCCUUCAAAUGCGAGUUCUGCGAUAAAUCGUUCUGCCAGAGAGGAGGUCUUAAUCGCCACCGCCGUUGUCACACUGGAGAGAAGCCUUACAAGUGCGAGAAAUGUGACGAGAGCUUUCGCGAGCGACGACAGCUGAUCUGCCACACGGCAAGCCAUAAAGGCCAGAAAGCCUACUGUUGUGAGGUUUGUGGCAGUUCUUUCAACCACGGAAGCUCCCUGUCGCGUCACAUGGUGUCUCACUCAGGAGACAGGAAGCACCAGUGUGAGGUCUGCGAUAGGAAGUUCUACCGCAGUGGUCAUCUGGCACGACAUCUGCUUACUCACACAAGUUCUCAAUAGAGGAUAACUAUACCAAUAAAUUUAUUCAUGAAGAACUACUUUUUUUAGGGUGCUAUCGGGAAAUAAAUUGAUAGCUACAUUAAAUUUACAUCUACACAUAUUAAGCUACAUCUCUAUCCGCGGUGAUGCUCUUGCAAUAAUGUGCCAGAUCAAAAGACUGGCAAAUGGAAAAUAGAACAAUGUAUGUAGAAUCAGUCAUGCAUGCAACACACUGGACAGUUGGUGAUUAAACAGUUUUACUAUCAAGGAAGUGUUCACAAGGCUUUGGCAAUGCUACAGUAAACAAGAGCACACAAACUUGGCAGUUUAACAUUGACCAGCGGGCAAGGUUCGAGCAGAUUUUUGCAGGAAAAAGAAAUGUUUUGUGUUGUACUACAGUGGAACCUCUUUAUAAAAAGGGACCAUGCCAAUUACGGUACCUUGUUACAUCAGAGCUUGGACCAGCCAAAUCACCUUCUUAUUUAUAAUAGAAACCUCGUUAUGUCAGAUCUCUUGUUCUUAGGUUCCACUGUAUUACAUUGCACAUUCUAACUAAUAAUGGUGUCAAGUUCGACUUGCAUUUACUACAUUUAUCCUUGAAUUUCAUCCAAACAUGAAAUUUCUGUUAUAAUGUUUUUUUCCCCUGGUUUCACCACAUUGAUUAAUCUUUUAAUGAUAUAUAGGCCCCAAUUCACAAAGG